CCUCCAUCAUCCACACUAUUUAAAGAGAAGAUCUGAUGAGGACGCUGCAAAUUUCUACGCGCUACGCUUCGUAGGCUCUGUCUUCCCCAGGGUGUUGAUGCAGCUAGAUUCGCAUUCUCCCAGUCCAAUUGUAGAUUUACUUGUACACAAGGCAGAGUACUUCACAUCUGAGAUAUCUGCGCUUCCAUGCUUUCCAUGACAUUCUGCAUCCACGUCGCACCAUCUUUGCUACGAACCAAUUUUUUGGAUUUCACAUUCAACUGCAGAGCUUUUAGCUUGUCCACUCAGUUCGGUCACCAGGGAAAAUCAAACAGCCCUCUGAGUUCGACUUCACAAUAGGUUUGUGUUCCCGAGAGAUAAGUGUCAUGCCCAGCACGCACAUGCACACAAGUUGUGACACUGCGACGGCAAAUUAGUGCUCUUCGGGUGAGCAGGUCCUUCAGAUCGAGGAGGAGGCCUCCUAUAGGCCAGGUGACAUUUCGCUCGUUUCUUACUCUGUGCGAGGGGAGGAGAGAAUGGAAGGUGCAGGUGCAUCCACAGUCAGUCAGGCUGCUGAGACACGGGGAAUGGACUCUGCAGACGAGGAACUGGUGACUCUCUCCUACGAGGAACUGGAGAAUCUCUCCGCUGUCCAGGACCUUAUACCGCGUCUGGAAGGAAAGGUUACCCUCUCCUACAAGGAACUGGAGAAUCUCUCCGCUGUCCAGGACCUUAUCCGGCGUCUGGAAGGAAAAGGCGAGCCUAUGACGAGGCUUCCCUAUUUACGAACGUUCUUUCCGGAGCGUGCAUCGCCCUCGACGAUCACAGGGUGGCGAAGCAAAGUGCGCCUUCGAGUGCUGGAGGCAAUCUGCAACUGCAACACUUUUACUCACCUAGAAGUGAUACAUGUGUAUGGUAGCGCUGAUAUAUCGGGGUUGACGGCAAGCGAGUGGGAGGUAGUUUUAAGAAAAUCCAGGUCUAGCACCUUUAUAAAACAUAUACAACUUAACUCUUUGAGAGAGAGGCACAAUUUCAACCUUUCAGAUGAGGAAAAGGAGAGCUUGUGUUUACAGAUAGGGAGAAUUCUGAAUUCCUCUAGCGUACAAGUAUUGAGAAUAGGAGGUUGCGAUUUGAGUGCCAGGUGUUGGUUGAAUCUGGCCUCAGGACUGCAGGGAAAUUCCGAUUCUAAUCUCCAGUUUCUAGAACUAAUUAGUGCGUGGGCGUUGGAGGACUCCAGUGCAGUUAAGCAUGUGGCCGACAUGAUGAACAGUGCUACUCGAUUAGAAACGUUGAGUUUAGGCCAUUUGGGAGCCAUGGAGGAGGAGUACGUUGGAAUCCUGUCCCGGGCUUUGAUCCACCGCUCGUCUUUGAAAGAAUUGAAGUUAGAGGAGGUAGAGUGGGGAGCGGCCUUGUUGCUGCAAGCUUUGGCCGGAGAUCAUGGCAACCAAUCCAUUGAACGUCUUUACUUGACGGAGGUGGAUGGACUCGGAGGCUGUUUAAGGGAAGUUCUUACCUCCAACCCAUCAUUGAAGGAAGUGAGGUUGUCGAGCGUGGAGAUGAGUCCUGAGGAAUGGCACCAGCUCGGCGAAGUCAUUCGUGACAAGGAUAGAGCAACAAACAUUGAAAUUAACUUUCAUUGGGGGGAUGAAUGGGAGUCAAUAGAAGCUCUUGUGUGUGCUGCUAGCUCCGAAGUCAAGGACCCCACAGUGAAGCUUGAACUCUGUCCUUCCAAUGAGAAUGAGUGCAUGUUAUCACUAAACCUAUUAGGUAGGGUACUGCGCGGAGAAAUCAAAUCUCUGAAAUCUUUCAGUAUAUUGGCGAGUCUUGACACUUCAGGUACCAACCAAGAUAGACCGGAAAGUACCCUGUCCAUGAAUGGAAAAACUGGAGAAACUUCCGUCUUGAAGAGACUCCUAUUAAGUGUUGGAAGCAAUGAUUUUUGGAAGGGACUACUUAAGGACCUGUUUUUGUGCCUGCGAGGGAACACAAGUCUCAUUCACUUGGAUUUGUUAGGGUCUAAACGCGGCGAAGAGGGAGGGCCUAAACUCGACGAAGAGUCAUUCAGAGACCUGAUGGAGCUCCUCCAAGUCAACUUGACUCUCCAGGAAAUAAAUGUCUCAAGAACCUCAUGGGCAAAGGACGGAAAGGCGGCGCUGAUUGAAGAGGCCCUCAACCAGAACCAGAAGCGGGCCGUCUACAUGUCUGUAUUCCGAGACGCCAAAUUAACAUUUGGAGAUGCAAAAGCUGGUCGGCUCUUCUUAUGCGGCUCUCCUCUAGCAGGCAAGACUCAAUUACGUCAAACAUUGGUACACGGAAAAAAAUGGUUUAGAAAGCCAUGGGCUGAAUUCAGGAGGAGGACUGAAGGAAUCGAAGUGGAGUUCUUGCCAAACAAUGACAAAGGUCAAAUCUCAAUUUGGGAUCUUGCAGGACAAGAAAUUUUCCGUACCCUUCAAAGUGUGCUUUUUCCUCAAAGUAGCAAUUUUUGUGUUUUUCUAUUUGUGUAUAGCCCCUUCUGUCAAAAAACAUCUUCGAACAAAGCAGAAUCUUGUUUUGAGUCAGAGUUGGAGGAAUGGUUGAGUUUCAUCACAUCGAGCACUAGGGUUAUUGGACAUAAUCUUCCACAAGUUCUUGUUGUGAUUUCACACAAGGAUAAAGCCAUAGACAAUUCUUUGAAUUGGGCUCAGUUCAUAGUGAAAAAACUCACUAUAAGAUUUGCAAGAUUUGUGGAUCUUCAUCCUAUUCAAGAGUGUUUUCAUGUGGAUGCUCGUAAAAAUAAGCAAGUUAUUCCUCUCAAAAAUCACUUAUUUGAGAUCUUUGAGAAGUUGUUGAGAAAAAAAUCUCCACUAGUUCCUCACUUGUGUUCUCAACUCUCGUCACUCUUGGUUAAAAAUACCAAGAAGAACAGUUGUUGCCCUCUUUGGUCAUCCCAAAAGUUUCAUGAUUUCUGUGCCCCCAUUUUGACACCAUUUCUUCCAUCUUCUUCUGCUCAAGUCUUUGAUCAUUCAAGGAUACAAAAAUCAAUCACAUCCUAUUUGAAUGAUGCUGGAUCCAUCAUUUGUAUACCUAACCUUGAUCACAUCAUUGUAGAUCCAAACUGGCUCACACAUACAUUAUUGGGUGAGCUUGUAGCUCUGGGUCAAGACUUUCAAGCUCAAGAGCCCCGGUCACGUGACUCAUACUCAAGCAAGGACGGUUUUGUGAGUGAGAGAGACUUUGGUCGGUUGAUAGAGGAGAUUUUGAAAAAGCAACCACCUGGAAAGAGAUUUGUGAACAGAGAGGUGCUUGAAAACAUCCUUAUCAAUUUAGAUUUGUGUUUCAAGCUGGAAGAUACUUCUCAGUAUUUCAUUCCCUCCUUCAUACCUGAGCAUGCAAGCAUUGAAGGACAGAAGCCUCAAGAAGUGGCGCACGUGGAGUCGAUGGCUUGGAAUUCUAGGGCUGAAAUUUCAAAGUUUGUCGGCAUCCGGAUUCAAUGCGAAGACCGGAGAACAAUGUCACUUACCGCUGCUUUUUUUCCAUGCUUCCAGAUGUUCAUGAGACGCAAGUUGAUAUCGGAGAUGCAUGUUUCGGAGAAGAUUGUGACCUACUCUCGACAUUAUCUACGACUUGUCCUUGAUGGACAUCAAAUUUAUAUCCAGCAAGACAGGUCCAAGAUAUACGUGGAUGUUCUGAUGUUAUGCUCGAAGCAUAAAUCAAGGGAGGGUGCUGUGAAAUUCGUGAUGAAGCAUUUCGUCAAGGAGUUGAUAUCAUUUUGCGCAUCAUCCAAAGGCUGUCCUGGGGUGGCGUUAGUGCUCGGAGUGAUCCAAACACUUUGCGUGGAGAUGCUGAUUCCGAGUCAUAUGAGAGGGGCAAUUCUAUUCGAGGAUCUCAAGUCAAAUUUCAUUCGUAGCAUCAAUGACAAACUUGAGGAUAUUUUGUUGGAUAAGUCUCACUUGGGGAAGGAGGAUGAGUUGUUCAACUAUGAGCACUCUUGGCCCUCGAUUGAAGGAUACACAACACAGGUUAUAUCCGAAAGAGCUAGGGAUUUGCUGUGGGAAAGCGAUGUGGAAACGGUUGUGAAUGAGACCCGUGAGAAGCAAAUGCAACAAUUGAAGUCAUUUCAGCAAGACCUUAUCCAACAAUUGGGCUCAUUGCAGCAAGGUUUAAUCAAAGUGAACAAUGAUUUGAUUCAUUCUUACCCCGAAAAAGAGAACAUGGUCACCAAUUCAAAUUUUCCUGAUGUGAAAGACUUCAAUCAACCUUCAUCCAGGUGCUUGAGUCGGGAGAGCACAAGUGUUGAAAAUCGUGAAAUCCGACUUAUUUUGGAAAGCAUAGAUCGGGUAGAAAAAAAAGUUGAUGGUGUUGAUGAAAGGUUGAGAUCAGUGCAGAGUAUUGUGCAGAGAUUGGAGAUGAAGAUGGAACAAAUACUCUCUUUGCAGCAAGAACUGCAGUCAACGCUGAGUGAUUUCAUGUCUAAAGUGGACAAGAUUGUUGAAUAUUCUCAGUCACUUCAGCAGGCCAGAACGCCCAAACGACCUUACGUUACGGACGAUGUUGGUCUUCUCUAUAGGAUGAGUGCUAUUUUGCAUGGCGGGACAAUCAUUCGCAUACACUUGAUGUGUGAGUCCGCGAUUGGGUUUCACCUUGUCAAAGAUCAAGAAGGUUUGAAGAUACGAGUUGAUCGAUACAAUAGCUCUUGGAUUAGAAAAACUAUUGAAAUUUCAUACAAAAUCAUGUAUUAUGCUACAAAGGCUGGACUGGCUACGACCCUCGGGUUGGGCCAAGCCAUUCCGGACUGGGCAGAUUUAAAAUCUGAUAUUAUUAAACUAGUUGGCAUUAGCGAUAGUGAUCGUAGUGCAGUUCUGAAAGGUGGGGAAAGCAUGGAGCUCAAAGAAGCAUGGUUGAGAAUUCAGCAAACUCUUGCGCCCCAGCUUCGAGAUAGCUAUUCGGCAACCUUCAAGUUGUAUCAGGUGAAAUAUGUGAGACAAGAAUUAGGUGGGCAUGCAUGGGUGUGCGAGAAGUGCAUGAAUGAAGGUCUUAGAACUGGCAAUUUGUUAGGAAUUUGAAGACCUUAGAAUGUCAUGAUGCAAAUGACAAGCAAAUGUUCAGACACUCU